AGCCAGUCACCGUUGACGCCCUAGACACGUCCUUACGGAUCCAUCAGGUCCAAUAACCCUUGCAUUAGAAUCUUUAGCUCUAACACUAGGAGCAGGCUUAGGGACGCGGGUAACCGUACUCGUCGAACUCAGCAAAGAGUUCGACGUGCAAUCUAAUCUAAACAUCAGCCUGCUGAGUUUCUCGCCGGAUCUUUUUAGUGGUAGUACAUUCAUUCGCAAAGCAGCUACUGCUAAGUUGUUAGGUCUCCUUAGGAGGCGCUCGGGUGGCUGUUAGCAAUUUCUCACCCUCCAGGCUGAGCCCUUGCUCGCCCAUCUGUCCUGGUGAACCUGGAAAGGCAUCUGGGCCACUAGUAAUCCCUCAAUCAUAAAAAAGACUAAAUAACAGAAAUGAACGGAAUUACUCCAAAUAAGUUAACAGUUUCUGCAAAAGUAACUUCCGAAAUAAUGAUUAAUGCCCGAAAAAACUAAACGAAAUCUUGAAUAUGGUAGUAUCGAAAUCAGCACGAUACGAACCAACAAUUCCAACAAAUCGGAAAUCGUUCGAUGGUAUCGAACCGGUCACUUCGAUAUUUUUGCUCUCGUAUUGUCUAUUCCUGAAUGAAAGUUCUUUUCCGCCGUUCUUUGUUCACCGGAUCGGAGGUUAGAAACAUGACUCGUAAGCGCCGUAAUGGAGGACGCGCCAAGCAUGGACGUGGUCACGUUAAAGCCGUGAGAUGCACAAACUGCGCGCGGUGCGUGCCAAAGGACAAGGCCAUCAAAAAGUUCGUGAUUAGGAACAUCGUAGAAGCGGCGGCGGUCAGAGAUAUUAACGAUGCCUCUGUAUACCCAAUGUUCCAGCUCCCUAAGUUAUACGCUAAGCUCCACUACUGCGUGUCAUGCGCCAUCCACAGCAAAGUUGUCAGGAACAGAUCGAAGAAAGACAGAAGAAUCCGUACUCCUCCCAAGAGUAACUUCCCUAGGGACAUGUCACGUCCACAGGCAGUGCAAAGGAAGUGAUUUAUUAUUAAAUAAAUAAUAAAAUAACA